AUGCUGGAGCGGCUAGUGGAGACCCUACUGACGGCGUUCAGGGGCAAUGACCUUGCCUACACCAGCAUAUUCCUGUCCACAUACCGCGCCUUCACCAGCACGCACACCGUGCUGCAGUUGCUGCUAGACAAGUACAUCUGGUUCUGGGCUGGGGGCCCGUGGUGGCUGGAGUGUACAGCAGGAGCUGACAACUCCUGGUCCUGGUGGGCCCUAGUGUGUGCAAGCUUUUGUCCCAGCCAUAGUGAUAUAACACCUGGUUCAAAUAAUCAUCUAAUCAACAUGAUUUUGAGGAAGUCAGUUGUAUGUUUAAGUGUUGGGCUGGGACAAAGCGUGUACAGACUGUGGCUCUCCAGAACCAUGGUUGAAGAACACUACUGCUCUUCAUUGAGAGGCUGAGGAGACUGUUACUGGUGGGAUUGGAACAAUGAAGGAUAAAUAUACGUUGUUUUAAUACUAAUAGUCAAAUUGUUUGUCUGUUUCCAGUUGUUGUUCAAGAAGGUGGUUCCUCACCACUGCCUGGGCUCCAUCUGGUCCCAGAGGGAUAAGAAACAGAACAAGCACAGUGCUCCCACCAUCCGUGCCACCAUCACCCAGUUCAACGCUGUGGCAGCGUGUGUGGUGAGCACCAUACUGCAUCGACGCCAGAUCCGCCCACACCUCAGGGCACGGGUCAUCCAGCGCUGGAUAGACAUCGCUCAGGAGUGUCGCAUGCGUAAGAACUUCUCCUCACUGCGCGCCAUCGUGUCUGCACUGCAGUCCAACCCACUCUACAGACUGAAGAGGUCCUGGUCUUGUGUACACAAGUGAGUCUUUCUUUCACAAUCUGAAUGCAUAUGAAUUGAUUAGUCACAACUAAUUUGAUAGAGUUCCUAUGCUUUCCCUAUUAGUUCUAACCUUUCUCUAUGUAAUUCCCCCAGAGACAGCAUGUCUACAUUUGGGGAGCCAUCAGACAUCUUACAUCACAAACUCUACAUGACCAGCCGAGAGCUGCUGAUGAGAGUAAGACUCUGCUCUGUUAAUACCAUCAUAUAAGAGGGUUUGGUUGUUGGUGUAGUCGUUGAUUGAUGAUUGAUUGUAGUAGUGAUUUGAUAUUUACACAAUCUACUUUUUCCCCUACAGGAGGGCACCUCUAAGUUUGCCAAUCAGGUAGGCUGUGCUAAGAAGCACCAGAAAUGCACUCGCAAACAACUCCAGAUGAAAAUAGAAAUGGUGAGAGAUGGAGCAGGCCACUGGCAGUUUGUGUUCGAGGCCUGUUUGUUUACCUAUUAAGGAGGGGAGUCAAAGUGAGAAGCUUGGCUGUAACUGCUGCUGUAUCGGUAUGAUUUUUAACCAUUGCUCUGUCUCUCCUCCCAGUGUGCCAUGCAGGGGACGAUACCUUACCUGGGCACCUUUCUGACAGACCUGACCAUGCUUGAUACUGCCCGGCCAGACCUAGUAGAGGUGAGUCUUACUAUCAUCCUACUCAUUCUGUUUGGUUGUAGAGACUUCUCCUGUGUGUGUUGUGACCGCUGUUUGCAUAUAGAGCAUGAGUUUCCAUGAGUAUGUGAGGAAUUUGUUUGACAGUUUUUAGAGUAGUCCACCACUGCUGUUUGUCUCGCCAGCACAGCGUGGUAUCAUUGUUCAGUCUUUCACACUCAUCUUUGUGCCUUCUGCAGGGGGGGCUAAUCAACUUUGAGAAGAUGCGAAGGGUGAAUGUCAUUUUGAACCUGUUCUAACGUACUAAUUAGAUAAAUGGGAAAAGUAAUUGUUAGUCAGCUUGAUUGACAUGACUGUUACCUUGAUCUCUCUCUCGGACUCUCUUAUGCAGGAGUUUGAGGUGAUGGCUCAGAUCAAGCUGCUGCAGUCUGCGUGUAACAGCUACUGUAUUAGUGCUGAUGCUGCCUUCCUGCGCUGGUUCAAGAACCAGCCCCAACACAGCGAUGAGGAGGAGAGGUACAAGCGUCAUUAAUCAUUCACACUGUAUCUCUACAUCAGCUCUUACUCCCUCUAUCCUCUCUGCUCCAUCUAUCUUUCUGAUUAUUUUACUCAUACUUAGGAUAAGUGGACUGGUAGUAGUGAUAUCAUGAUUAUUCUCGGUUUGUCUUCUGCAGCCAUGCCAUGUCUUGUGACAUUGAAGGAGUGGGAGACAGACGUACAACUUUAUGCAAACUUUGCAAGGGCAUUGUCAAGAGACUUAGCCAGUAAGUACACACUGGACGACUUAAAACAUUGUGUACUGUACGUAACAUUACGAUUUAAAAGAAAUCUAAUCUGAAAUAGACAUUAUCGAAUUCCUCUGACCACAAUCAGAUUUGGAACCUUAGCCUUAAUAGUCUCUAUUUCCGGCUGGCGCUAAGGAGGCUUAAGUGUCAAACGCACGUUAGUUUUCAAUUCUGUCAUGUUAAAACUGGCGCACUGGCAUUUUCCAGCUCUAAUGGCAGGUUCUUCAAUUUAUCCGUCUAACAUCAGCUCACUUGCGCUGAGGUGGGAGGGGUGGCAAUAUUUAAGUUGUCCUAAAAACAAGUGCAAAAGUGACAAUUUCAUGCAGCGCUAAUGGGACGUUUUAAGACUCACAAAAAUACACGCUAUUCCUAACUCUUCAGUUCUUCUAUAAUGCCAUAUCAACGGCAGAUCUUUUGAAAAUCUGCGUUGCACGUGGGCACCGAUCCAAUUGACAGGAGCCUAGUAUAUUGUAUAGAUGUGUGAAUGUUACGUGUAAAGACUUUUAGCCCCAAGUGUGCACAGUGCCAUGGAACGAGAGAAGCGAUUUUCUGAUAUCGUGCUUCUGAUUCGAUCCUAUUUAGAAAUAUUGUUGUCAGUUUAAAAAUUAUAUUUUAAAACAUAUUGUUUCUUAAUGUUCUCUGAACUAGUUAUAUUUUAAAACGUAUUAGAAAGAUUCACCAUCCAUGGGUUUAUGGCGAGAACGUACAUGGCUCGAAUGCAAUGCAAUUUCAUCUGCUAUUUCUGGAAAAGUGCAAAUAUGAUCUGUAAGAUGGUUCCAUGAUGUUUAUAAAACAUUCAAUUUGAAAGCAGUAUAAUGGUGAGUGGAUGUUCCCCCUUUCUCUUUAUAUUGGAGCUUGACCCAGCUAGCACAUAACGUUCUGAGAACCAUAUGUUUCUUAGAGCUUGGUGAGAGCGUGGUUGUCCUAUGUUUAUUUCGCAUACAACCUUCCCACAACUUUCUGGAAAUGGUGCAUGAUUGUUGCUUGGCUUUGGAACAUUCUCAGCACAUUUAAGGAACUUGAUAAAAAAACAUUUAUUUACUUGGUGUUUCAUUACUUUAACAGAAUGUUUCCUAAAAGUUCAAACAUGGUUACAUUUCAAUUUUGGUAAUGUUCUAGGAACAUUCUCCAACUGGUUUGCCAUUGCGAAUGUUCUCAACUAGUUCAGAGAACGUUAAGAAACAACGUUCUUCUGUGGGUAUUUCAGCAUAACAUUUCCUACAGGUUUCCGCACAUUCUAUUUAAAAUCAUGUUCUCAAAUUGUUCCGAGAACGUUAAGAAAACGUUCCAUAAAAACCACAACUUUUGUGUGUUAUUUAAAAACGUAUACAUUACAGGGCCCCCGAGUGACGCAGCGGUCUAAGGCACUGCAUCGCAUUGCUUAAGGUGUCACUACAGACCCGGGUUCGUUCCCAGGCUGUGUCACAACCGGCCGUGACCGGGAGUCCCAUAGGGCGGCGCACAAUUGGCCCAGCGUCGUCCGGGUUAGGGGAGGGUUUGGCCGGGGGGGCUUUACGUGGCUCAUCGCGCUCUAGCGAGUCCUCGUGGCGGGACGGGCGCCUGCAGGCUGACUUCGGUCGCCAGUUGAACAGUGUUUCCUCUGACACAUUGGUGCGGCUGGCUUCCAGGUUAAGCGGGCAGGUGUUAAGCAGCGCGGUUUGGCGUGUCAUGUUUCGGGGGACGCAUGACUCAAUCUUCACCUCUCCCGAGCCUGUUGAGGAGUGGCAGCGAUGAGACAAGAUCGCAAUUGGAUAUCACGAAAUUGGGGAGAAAAAGGGGGUAAAAUACAAAAACACUAUACAUUUCGUUCUCAUCAUCAACUAAACUCUUAAGUUUCUUCAGGUGUGUUGGCUGUGCCCACUAAUUGGCCACACCUGAUCUUAAUGAGCGCUUGUUUCCUUUGAAAUGGGGUCUGUUUGAAUUGGGUUGGAACCUAAAUUAUUUUCCAAUCAUUUCUUUCUGAACAGAACCAUAUUUGUUUUUCGUUCCGACCAGCAAAAUAAAGUUCUGAACCGGUUCAAACCCAAAAAAAGUAACGGUUUAUAUCGUUCCUUUUGAAACCUCUGAAAUGUUUUUUACAUGAAAUGUCUUCACUAAUCAGUGCAGAUAGAGCAGCUUGCUAUGGCCGAUUUAAUCUGUAUAGGAAAGUUGUUAAGCGCAAAUUGUAUUUUGCCGUAACAGCAUGGUUUAAUCAUAAUGAAAGACAACUACACACACUGUGCUGCCAGUCAGUGUAGGGCGCAACAUGCAACUGAAAUUUUGCGAGAGCGGAUGGAGGAAGCUUGCCUUGAAGCGCUGGGCAUCUUUUUAUGACAUACAUUAUAUUAAUUAGGCCCACAUAAUUAUACCUAUGGAGGAGUGGCUUCUAUGGAGGAACUUUGAAUGUUUAUUUUUAUUUAUUUUUGUCUUUGAACUUCAGUUUGUUUAACGUUGGACCAGAGCUAGCUAGCUAACAAGCUUGUGUGCAGAGCAGCGCUAUAAUUAAAAAUACAUCUUACCUUUUUGUAGUUAAUAAAUCCAAUGGGAAACUGCAUCCUUUAACGAGCAUUGAAAAAGUUAAUCCAUUAUUUUAAACAUCUCUCCCUAAUUUCUGAAUUACGCUUGUAACAUCAUCAGUGAAUCAUACGUUUUUAAAUAACACACAAAAGUUGUGGUUUUUAUGGAACGUUUUCUUAACGUUCUCGGAACAAUAUGUGAAUUGAUUGCCCCCCAUUUAUCCUCAGAGUUCGUACUGCUUGGUGACCUAAAUUGGGAUAUGCUUAAUACCCCGGCCAUCCUACAAUCCAAACUAGAUGCCCUCAAUCUCACGCAAAUGAUCAACGAACCUACCAGGUACAACCCUAAAUCCGUAAACAUGGGUACCCUCAUAGAUAUCAUCCUGACUAACAUACCCUCUAAAUACACCUCAGCUGUCUUCAACCAGGAUCUCAGCGAUCACUGCCUUAUUGCCUGCGUCCGUAACGGGUCCGCGGUCAAACGACCACCCCUCAUCACUGUCAAACGCUCCCUAAAACACUUUAGCGAGCAGGCCUUCCUAAUUGACCUGGCCCAGGUAUCCUGGAUGGAUAUAGAUCUCAUUCCGUCAGUAGAGGAUGCCUGGUUGUUCCUUAAAAGUAAUUUCCUCUCAAUCUUAAAUAAACAUGCCCCAUUCAAAAAAUACAGAACUAAGAACCGAUAUAGCCCCUGGUUCUCCUCAGACUUGACUGCCCUUGACCAGCACAAAAACAUCCUGUGGCGUACUGCAUUAGCAUCAAAUAGCCCCCGCGAUAUGCAACUUUUCAGGGAAGUUAGGAACCAAUAUACACAAGCAGUCAGGAAAGCAAAGGCUAACUUUUUCAAACAGAAAUUUGCAUCCUGUAGCACUAACUCCAAAAAGUUUUGGGACACUGUAAAGUCCAUGGAGAAUAAGAGCACUUCCUCCCAGUUGCCCACUGCACUGAGGCUAGGAAACACUAUCACCACCGCUAAAUCUACAAUAAUCGAGAAUUUCAACAAGCAUUUUGCUACGGCUGGCCAUGCUUUCCAUCUGGCUACCACUACCCCGGCCACCAACUCUGCACCCUCCGCUGCAACUUGCCCAUGCCCCCCCCCCGCUUCUCCUUCACACAAAUUCAGACAGCUGAUGUUCUGAAAGAGCUGCAAAAUCUGGACCCCUACAAAUCAGCUGGGCUAGACAAUCUGGACCCUUUCUUUCUAAAACUAGCCGCCGAAAUUGUCGCAACCCCUAUUACUAGUGUGUUCAACCUCUCUUUCAUAACGUCUGAGAUCCCCAGAGAUUGGAAAGCUGCCGCGGUCAUCCCCCUCUUCAAAGGGGGUGAUACUCUAGAUCCAAACUGCUACAGACCUAUAUCCAUCCUGCCCUGCCUUUCGAAAGUUUUUGAAAGCCAAGUUAACAAACAGAUCACCGACCAUUUCGAAUACCACCGUACCUUCUCCGCUAUGCAAUCCGGUUUCCGAGCUGGUCAUGGGUGCACUUCAGCCACGCUCAAGGUCCUAAACGAUAUUAUAACCGCGAUUGAUAAUAGACAGUACUGUGCAGCCGUCUUCAUCGACCUGGCCAAGGCUUUCGACUCUGUCAACCACCGCAUUCUUAUUGGCAGACUAAAUAGCCUUGGUUUCUCAAAUGACUGCCUCGCCUGGUUCACCAACUACUUCUCAGAUAGAGUUCACUGUGUCAAAUCGGAGGGCCUGUUGUCUGGACCUAUGGCAGUCUCUAUGGGGGUGCCACAGGGUUCAAUUCUUGGGCCGACACUUUUCUCCGUGUAUAUCAAUGAUGUCGCUCUUGCUGCUGGUGACUCUCAGAUCCACCUCUAUGCAGACGACACCAUUUUGUAUACAUCUGGCCCUUCAUUGGACACUGUGUUAACAAACCUCCAAACAAGCUUCAAUGCCAUACAACACUCCUUCAGUAGCCUCCAAUUGCUCUUAAACACUAGUAAAACUAAAUGCAUGCUUUUCAAUCGAACGCUGCUGGCACCCGCCCACCCGACUAGAAUCACCACUCUCGACGGGUCUGACCUAGAGUAUGUGGACAACUACAAAUACCUAGGUGUCUGGUUAGACUGUAAACUCUCCUUCCAGACUCACAUAAAGAAUCUCCAAUCCAAAGUUAAAUCUAGAAUCGGCUUCCUAUUUCGCAACAAAGCCUCCUUCACUCAUGCUGCCAAACAUGCCCUCGUAAAACUGACUAUCCUACCGAUCCUUGACUUCGGCGAUGUCAUUUACAAAAUAGACUCCAACACUCUACUCAGCAAAUUGGAUGUAGUCUAUCACAGUGCCAUCCGUUUUGUCUCCAAAGCCCCAUACACUACCCACCACUGUGACCUGUACGCUCUUGUUGGCUGGUCCUCACUACAUGUUCGUCGUCAAACCCACUGGCUCCAGGCCAUCUAUAAAUCACUGCUAGGCAAAUCCCCGCCUUAUCUUAGCUCAUUGGUCACCAUAGCAGCACCCACCCGUAGUCUGCGCUCCAGCAGGUAUAUCUCACUGGUCAUUCCCAAAGCCAACACCUCCUUUGGCCGCCAUUCCUUCCAGUUCUCUGCUGCCAAUGACUGGAACGAAUUGCAAAAAUCUCUGAAGCUGGAGACUCUUAUCUCCCUCACUAACUUUAAUCAUCAGUUGUCAGAGCACCUUACCGAUCACUGCACCUGUACACAGCCCAUCUGAAAUUAGCCCACCCAACUACCUCAUCCCUAUAUUGUUAUUUAUUUUGCUCUUUUGCACCCCAGUAUCUCUAUUUGCACAUAAUCUCUUGCACAUCUAGCAUUCCAGUGUUAAUCCUAUUGUAAUUAUUUUGUACUAUAGCCUAUUUAUUGCCUUACCUCCAUAACUUGCUACAUUUGCACACACUGUAUAUAUAUUUUCUGUUGUAUUUUUGACUUUAUGUUUUUUUACCCCAUAUGUAACUCUGUUGUUUUUAUCGCACUGCUUUGCUUUAUCUUGGCCAGGUCGCAGUUGUAAAUGAGAACUUGUUCUCAACUGGCUUACCUGGUUAAAUAAAGGUGAAAUAAAAAUAAAAAUAAAAAAUAAAUCAGUAGGCUACAGUAACCUAUGCUUCAGAAGGGAGGGGCAGGUAUCCGAUACACACAUCCACUGGUAAAGAUUUCCAGUUGGCAGGCAGACGCAGGAAAAAGUUUGAGUGACAGAGUGAGGGCUUUGCGAUUUUUUUUGUGGAACUGGAAAAAGAUACCCGGAAUGUAAAAUAACGUUAUUAACCAGUUCCCAUGAUUUUAAAAUAACAGUUCUGUUCCGGAACAGUUUUGGGUUCUGUUCCUCAAAUAAUUUCCUUAUUUUUGGGUUCUGUUCUUUGAACCGGUUCCAACCCUUGUUUUGAAUAGACUAAAAUAAACAGCUUUUGUAUGCGUAAAAAAACAUGGCAUGCUAGCUCCAUCAUGAUAGCGCAUUGGACUAAUUUCAUGGAUAAAGAAAAUAUGAUUAUAAGUUUGAAUCUCACUGAUGCCAUGUCACAAAGAAAAUGUUUGCAUGAUUAAUGCCUAAGGAAAUUAAAUUGUGUGUCCUGUCUGUGCUUGGACUUCAAAAAAGUUAACCCAUAAUAAGCUUAGCAGUGUUAUUGAAAUAAUUAAGGAAGUUAUUCAAAAACCUCAACCUACAAUUUCCGUUCUUAGAACGUUAAAACCUCCCAGGAAAACUUUCAGGGAACCAUAGUAAAACAUUUUCAGAACCUCCCUGCAACCUAAAAAUUAAAUUCUCAAAACAGGCGAAAUGUUCCUUCUGUUUUUCAGAAUCUUGAAACAAUUUUACAUUUUACCAGUCAGGAAACGUAUGGCUUCGUUACCAGAACCAAUAUGAAACCAAAAUGUAUGUUCCCACAACUUCCAAGGAACAAAAUGUGCUAGGUGGGUAUCCAGCUCCUGUGAAAAGUUUGGAUGGGUGUAAAACAAGUUGUCUUGUCUGCAUUAUACACCCACAGGGAGCAAUUAUGGUGCCUGUAACUGUAUUUAGACAUAGCUUAUUAAAAACAAGUGGUUUUGUUUGAUUAGAAUUAUACUAUUUUUAGGCCUUAUCAAUAGCCUAGGGAAUUAAAUCUUGCUUAUUGACUACGUUUGGCAUGUCCAUGUCCAGACUACAAUUUACAGUAGGCCUAGACCCUAUAUCAGUGUGAACGCUAUAGCCUAUGUUUAGCCAUGUAUUUCCAUAUUGAAGCAAUGCAAUUCGAACAAUGUGGACUGCAAACAUUUAACAUAUUUAGCAAAUAUGGGGCAAGCUAUUUAAUAAACUAGGCUAUAAUGGACUAACUCAAUACAUAGAAGACUGGAAAUACACAACUUGAAGCAACCACAUAUUUAGCCAUGGAGCACAUUCUGAUUGGCCAGUUAGGGGCCAAGCUACGACACACCCCCAACUUGUGUAUUCAUCAAAACCCAGUCCUUUCGUGCCACGGCCAGCUACUGCGCCCAUUAUUCCGUUUGUGAAGAUAGCAAAAAUAUUUCAGACACCCCGAACCUAUAACGCUACUGCCAGCGCUAAGAUUGACCAUUUGCUUUAGGUUUGUUCAAAUAGAGCCCAAAAUGUUUUAACAGGUAUCAGUUAUAUCAGUGUGUUUUUAUAUUAGAUUUAUCUGAACCAUAUAGAUGGUCCUUUUUUAAAUAAUCAAAAUGGGACUUUAUUUUACCUGACCAUUUCCCCUCUGUCACCAGACAGUUUCGCACAAGACCGUUGCACUCCCUGACGCCCAUGUCCCCUUCACCCCCCGCCUACAACACCCAGGCCCAGGACGCCUGCAUCAUCAGACUCAGCCUGGAGCAGGGCAACGGCAACCUCUACAAGAGCAUCAUGGUACGUCUCAGCAGGAGAUUAGUACUUUGAUUCAGAUGGCCAAGACAUUUUGAAUAAAUGUAUAGAAGCCUGAAAAGUGGUUAUUGAUUGGUACAUGGUGUUGUUCCCUCCCCAGUUGACGAGUCAGGAUAAGACUCCAGCAGUGAUCUCUAGAGCUGUGGCCAAACACAACCUGGAGAGUGAGCCUGGGGAGGGAUACGAGCUGGUGCAGGUCAUCUCUGACGAAAGAGGUACAAACAUUCUCCCUGUCACUCAAAUAUAUCACUCAUAGUCUUGUACUCUAAUUUGUAAUUACUGACUUGUGAUAAUAUUGUCACAAAAAAUCCUUCCUUUUCCAGAACUGGUGAUUCCUGACAAUGCCAACGUGUUUUACGCCAUGAACACCUCGGCCAACUUUGACUUCCUGCUGCGUGUGCGAGGCACGUCCGGGUGGCCUGUCCAGCUGAGUCGUCGCUACGCCUCCACACUCCCCUGCGCCCAACAGCAUGCCAGCCUGCGCCUCAGCAAGGUCACCUGUUGUAGUUUCCUAUUGUAGCGCGCUAGCAGCACAAAGGUUUCUCUCGCUCUCCCUUUUCUCUCCCCUCAUUAUUCUCCCAGCAGACACAAUACUCUUGACACAUUUGCUUAAGAAUUUAAAUAUAGGCUGCCUUUGUCUCAACCUCCAUCUGUCCCUCCAUCUCUCUCUUUCCCCAUUCUCAUCGUUCUAAUAUCCCUGGUUCUUUCCAUCUUGUCUCAUCACAGGCGGAGGGGGACCGGCUGCCUCCCGGCCACACGGUGAUCCAGCUAGAAACCUGUAAGAUCCGGUCUGGAACUCUGGAGCGGCUGGUGGAGACCAUGCUGACGGGGUUCCGGGGCAAUGACCUUGCCUACACCAGCAUAUUCCUGUCCACAUACCGCGCCUUCACCAGCACGCACACCGUGCUGCAGUUGCUGCUAGACAAGUACGUCUGGUUCUGGGCUGGGGGCCCGUGGUGGCUGGAGUGUACAGCAGGAGCUGACAACUCCUGGUCCUGGUGGGCCCUAGUGUGUGCAGGCUUUUGUCCCAGCCAUAGUGAUAUAACACCUGGUUCAAAUAAUCAUCUAAUCAACAUGAUUUUGAGGAAGUCAGUUGUAUGUGUAAGUGUUGGGCUGGGACAAAGCUUGUACAGACUGUGGCUCUCCAGAACCAUGGUUGAAGAACACUACUGCUCUACAUUGAGAGGCUGAGGAGACUGUUACUGGUCUCACUGCUUUUACAGACUGAUGGUAGACAUUGCUGCUGAAAUGUUGUUUUCUCUUGGUCUUUCUCUCAGGUAUGGAAUCCCAGAGGAUAGAGGACAGACUGAGCAAUGUAGACCCUUUGAAACCAAAGGAGCCAUUCGAACGUACGAUUUCUCAACGUCUCCUGUUUUACUUGGUCUGUCUUCGCUUGAAUCAAAAUGGAAAUCAAGCAAAGUUGUUGAGUUGUUACUGUGUAGCUUUCCUGUCUGCCUUGCCCUCUGUCAGCAGCAGCUUGCUCCCAGCAGCCCUCCCUGACUAUCUGCCCCCCUCCCUCAUCACCCUCAGUGCCCUGGCCUCCAUCCUGCGAGUCUGGCUGGACCAGUGUCCAGAGGACUUCCAGGAGCCUCCAUCCUACCCCUGCCUCCAGAGGGUGAUGACCUACCUACAGAGGACCCUGCCUGGAUCAGAGCCCAUGCGUAGAGCCCAGAGUCUACUGGAGCAGCUGAAGGCCGAGGCCAGUCUGGAUCUAGACUCAGAGGGUGGGUGAACAGUCUGAUAUGUAGUUAAUUAGUACUCUAUCAUCUCACAAUUCUUUAGCCUUGUGUAUCUCUCCCUCUCCUUAAUUUCUCUCUCCAUCAUUAAUCUGAUCAUUACUCCUGGUAGGUUUCGACAGCAUACGCUCCUUCGGCCUGUGUGAGGAUGAGGAAGUGGAGAUUGAGGUCCGGGAAGACUUCAUGUCAUUUGAUGCAGAUUUGGUGGCAGAGCAGCUGACCUAUAUGGAUGCGGUAAGAGAAAGGGAGGGGGUCUGGGUGGGAAUAUGGGUUCCCAGGUGGGAUUUGAACAAUACAGGAUACAUUUACGUUUAAGUGUUUAAAUACUAUGGCUGUGUUUACAGGCAGCCCAAUUCUCAUAUUUAUUUUCACUGUUUGGUCUUUUGACCAAUCAGUUCAGCUCUGAAAAGCUCUGUGAUUGGUCAAAAGACCAAUUUAGUGGAAGAAAGAUCAGAAUUGGGCUGCCUGUCUAAACGCAGCCUAAUAGUCUAAAGCCUUGUUCACACUGCAGGCCUUAAUGCUAAAGUCAGUUUUGUUUUUCAAAUCCGUUUUUGACUACUGACUAUCCAAACAGCAAGUUACAAGUGCCCAAAUUGGAUUUGUGUGUUUUCAGAUAACAACAGUAAUUUGCUGACAUGGCUAUGCUAGUUGUCCUAGUAACGAUGGGUGUGUGCGCAGUGGUGUAGGCUGAUUGGUGGCGCUCGUGCUUCCUAUCACUCAGAAGUUAUGUAGCAAGCUAAGUUGACGACAAUGCCUGCCAUGAACUUUUCCCAGUUGCUUGAAUAAGAUGAUCCAACUUUCAAAACAAAUCAUUUUUGGCUAGCCACAACAAUCAACUAUAUAGUUAGGUAGCUGUUUAGCUUUCUAACACAUUCACUAAUUUGUUUGUAAACACUUAACAAGCUAGUUAGCUACCACAUGUUCUUGUCAAACUAGCUAGUAAGCAACAAGAUAUGCCAAAUAAGUCUAAAAGCCACUUGAUGGCAAAUAAAUCAGAUUUGACCAUUCAGACACAAGUCACAUGGCCAGGAAUCAGAUUUGUAUCUGACUUCAAACCACCUAUGAAAUUAAGCCAAUGUGAACACAGCUUAAUUUGUCUGUUUCCAGUUGUUGUUCAAGAAGGUGGUUCCUCACCACUGCCUGGGCUCCAUCUGGUCCCAGAGGGAUAAGAAACAGAACAAGCACAGUGCUCCCACCAUCCGUGCCACCAUCACCCAGUUCAACGCUGUGGCAGCGUGUGUGGUGAGCACCAUACUGCACCGACGCCAGAUCCGCCCACACCUCAGGGCACGGGUCAUCCAGCGCUGGAUAGACAUCGCUCAGGAGUGUCGCAUGCGUAAGAACUUCUCCUCACUGCGCGCCAUCGUGUCUGCACUGCAGUCCAACCCACUCUACAGACUGAAGAGGUCCUGGUUCUGGGUGCCCAAGUGAGUCUUUCUUUCACAAUCUGAAUGCAUAUUAAUUUUAGUCACAACUUGUGAUUGAGUUCCUGUGCAUUCCCAAUUAGUUCUAACCUUUCUCUAUGUAAUUCCCCCAGAGACAGCAUGUCUACGUUUGAGGAGCUAAGAGACAUCUUCUCAGAUCACAACAACUACCUGACCAGCCGAGAGCUGCUGAUGGGGGGGUGA